AGGGCCUGUAAAAACGCUUCUAAUUCCAUGUAGCAACCCUCUGACGCAUGCGCGCUGCGCGAGGUCGAUAGCGGCAAGCGUCAGUACGCGGCGCGCCGCCCCCCGAGCGCGCCGCACGGUAUCAUGACGCGGGCCCCGCUCGCGCUCUGCCUCCUCGCCGCUAUAACCCUCAGCUAUGCCGAGAAGAGUAAAUUCUAUUACAUGGACUCCUUAUGCAAGGACCAUUUCUUGCAACGGCAAUACCGCAAGCUGGACGGCGGGGUGCUCUGGUCGCGGAACGAGCGCAACCUCGACUGCACGGUGACGUUUCAGACGCACAGCAUCCUGCAGCGGUUCAUACUGCACUUCGAUCUGCUGCAGCUGGACUGCAACGACCAUCUCUAUGUUUAUGAUGGGGCGCAUGAUACGGCGCCGCCGAAGGCCGACUUGUCAUGCCGCAACACGAAGCAGCAAGUAUCAGUGUUGUUCACUAGAAGCAACUUCGUGACGCUAAAAUACGUCACGGACAACUGGGGCACCGACGCCAAUGGGUUCAAGCUGGUCAUCACGGCAGUUAAGGACCCUAAACACGGUUGCAAGGAGUUCAGAUGUGAACAGAGUAAAUUCUGCGUGAGCGCAGACUUGACAUGCGACGGUGUGGACCAUUGUGCUGAUGGGUCUGAUGAAAAUACCGCUGCACUAUGCCCAGAGAUUGGCGGCAGCGGCGGACGCGGCGCGUGGGUGGUGGUGGCGGCGGCGAGCGGCGCGAUGCUGCUGCUGGCCGGCGCUGCUGGCGCGUGCUGCGCGUGCAGACGGCGUGCAGACCGGCGCACGCAUCUACAGUUGCAACAACUGGCGUCAAACGGCGCCAAGCCCGGCUCACCGGCCACCGUGCUGCCGGGAAACUGGGCGCUCCCUGCGGGCCCGCGCGGGUACCUGGCGCGCCCGGGCCGCCUCCGGGCGCGGGCGCUGCGCUGAGCGCCCCGCACAAGGACGAGUGGUUCGUCUGAGGCGGCCCGGCCGGGCCCGCAGGGCGGGGGCGCCGUACCGGCCCCCUUCACUUACAAAAGUUACAACACUCUGACUGGACGUGAAAUUUUGCAGUUUGUGAAAAAAAAUACUCUCAUUGACUUACAGCUCAUCAGAAUGAUCGAGGGGCCGGCUGGCCAAGUGACAAUAGAAAACUACUACAUUUCACUUUUCGGCAUCGGCAUUUGUCGAUGUACAGUUGUCAUCUUGGCUAAUCUCCUAGAUCUUUUCUGUGACGUAUUGUAUGUACAAUCAGCAGCAGAAGUUACUAAGCGGGCGAGGUGUUCAAAAUUACCUUGACACGCUCUUAUUCUCUUAACAAUAAAGUUGGGUCAAGAUCAUUUUGAACACAUGGCCCGCUUAGCAAUUUCUGCUGCUGACUGUACUUCGCCAUCAUGUGCGACCGGCCGAGGUACUUAAAAAUAUCUGAACGUGCACUUUAACGUCUUUACAAUUAAUGUUUUGUUCAGAUAUUUUUGAACACGUUAGCUGCUUCAAUAUAUCUGUCGGCUAAUGUAACGUACAAGUUUUUUUCUAUGAACUGUAAUAUUCUAUAACAACUACCCUCUUUUCAGUAAAUAUAACACGAUUGAAAAAGUGCAUACAUUAUUGCGAAAUUUUUAUGCCCUUUUUCUCUGCUAUCGAUGGAUACUGAAAAGUCUGAUUUCAUUACAAUCAUUUUACAUCAAUACUGCAUACAAAUUGAAUGCCGAAUCGGUGUGAAUCGUUAUAUAUGAACUGUAAAAGCUUCAAACAUUAUUUUAUUCCCAAAAAUACACAAUUUAUAUUCAUCUUUACGUUUAUGUUGUGAAACUCGAUAAUUUCUCAAUGUAUAAAAGUAUUAUAAAAUAAAUGUAAAUCGCAUAUGAAGGGGAUGAAAUUGUGUUUGAAGUUUCCAAAGGUUAGAGUGUACGAGUAUAUAAUAUACAAGCAGAGCCGUAAGUGCAACUAAUUUGCACGCAACCACCUGCAAUGUAGUUGUAUGAUGGAAGACUGCUAUUAGGAACGUCGAGGGCACACAAUAGGUCUUCUUUAUAAUGUUGUCAUACAUAUAGCCGUACAUAUGGCGGGUGACAGAAGCCUAUGGAAGAGACUGGUCAGCAACAUUAGGACAUGAUGUCACGAUCCUCAGCAUUGAGGGAACGACUGAUGAUGAUGAUAAUGUUGUCUUUGAAAUAUCUAAAGAAUCUUAAGAACAAGAAAAGUAUCUGCUCUGAUACUGAAGUUUCUUUCUGAUAAAUUAAUUUUGUAUCAAGCAGAAACGUUUGCGAACGACCAGACCAGACCAGAAGGACUGCGCUGCGUCUGUGAUCCGGUGGUCGUGGGUUCAAGUUGGGAAGAAAUAACAAAUUAAAAAUGGAAAAAUUCACUGUCUUGGGCCCACUUAAACUACUACAACACCGUGGAUUUGGGGAUUGAGGAAUUGGGAGGGAGUGCGCUGCGGCCUGAAGGUGUAGCAAGCAGGACUUCAUUCCUAUUCCUUGGUAUAUUUAGUAGGUAUCAUACUUCCAAACAAGAAGAUCAAAAUUUAUCAUCAAAAAUCUUCUCAAGGAGCAUUAUAAAAUGACUAAAUUGAGUGAAUGUCCUCGGCGAUAUCCUUAAAAAUGUCCUAGUGUAAUCUAACAUUACUUGAAAUGAAAAAAGGGUUUCGAAUAGGUAUCAAACCUAAUUGAGAUUGUACACCUUUCUGAUAUCAGUUAAUGUAAGGUUAAGUUAUUCAAGGACAUGAUAAUUGUAAUUAGUUAGUUAUUUCUGAAGCUAUGUUGAGAACAGUUGGGAAGUGAACGGACAUGAAAAUAAACCUCUUCCUACUUCUUCCAUAAUACAGACACUAUAUAUAUUAUACUAAUAUCUGCCAUUUUUUAUGUUACUCAUUGUUCUAUAAAAUAUGAUCUCAUGGAAAUGAUUCCCAACAUUCUAUAAACCGAAUCUUAAGAUUGUAAUUUACUAUAGAUCUCAUUUUUCUUCUUCAAUUUUUCAGGCAACUUUUUUUUAAUAUACCUAAUUAAUGGUUUUUUAUUUUGUACUUAUGUUGUUCAUGUACCUGUUGUACUUUUGUACUUAACGGGUACACACAUCUAAAAAUGUAUGUACCUAUACAUAUAAAUAAAAAUAAACUUAGCAUCUAUUAUGAAAUAAUUUAUAUCUGUCAGCUAACCGCUAAACUGCCAUGUUUUACGCAAGCAAAUUAUUUGUUUAAGAGAUGACGAUGCUCAUACUUUAAGCCCCAUUUUAUAUGAUGAUAUGAGUACAUACUUUUCAACUCAAAUAAGCCUAUAAUAAGUAUAUACCUCAAAUAUGUCGGUUCGAUUCCCAGCUGAUUUCAUUGGCACUAUCCCCGCUUCCUACCCCCUCCUUUCUACCCCAGUACCGACCCGCAAAGUGCUAACAUUCUAAUGUUACAAUACAUAGCCGUUCUAGACUAGAAUACGCAGUUGUAUAAAAUUUUCCGCAAGAAUAAUAAAUAUAAAUCACAGACAAUACUAUCAUAUCAUCAUUUAUCAUAUUAUUAUAUUUAAAGUGGUUAUCGCUAUAAACUAAUAGCUAUAUGAACUGUAUAGAAGCGAUUUUAAACAAGACCUUAAAUCAUGAAGUUGAAUUUGAAAUUCUAGUUUCGCUUCUAUACAAAGUUCUUUAUUAUUCUUGUGGCUAGCUACAUUAAUAUCAUGUUGUAAAUAAACAUUUCAUGGGACAGUCAUAUUCUAAAUAUAAAAACUGCCUCAUCUUUACUCAGUGUUACCCUAUCAUAUUGUUCAUUCUUCUAUCUCUGCGAAAGAAUAUCGUGCAUUUUGUUAAGGGAUUUGACUGUACCUUUUCAUACAAAACAGUUACACAAAUAGUAUAAUUCGUAAGGGUGUAACUCUUUUGUUAAGGGUCGACAUUUUGCAGACUGUACUAUUCUUACAUGAAGACGAUAAAUACAUUCUUAUUUACCUCCAGCAAUAAAGCAAUAAAAUGUAUAUUAUAUACGGAAGUAUUAUAUAACAUAUCUUUAUACACGUACAUAUCUUGGGCCGAAUGUCUACCUAAUGUAAUCGUAAUAUAAUUUAAAGAUAAUAUAGGCAUUUUAUAAAUAUAGCAAAAUAUUUUAUAAAAAUACGUUUAAUUUAAUUUUAUAGAGUUAAACUGAAAUACAGGCAUUGAGAAAUGAAUUAACUAACAUACGUCGCUCAUUAAGAAACUUAUCGGGAAAAUAAUCCUUCUUGUUAAAAAGAUAAGAUUGAAAUUAGCACAAAUGAUGUGCCAUUUACCAAUGAACGUAUUUCGGUCUAGGUAAAGAUCGGCGUACGUAUUUAAUAAUUAAAUCUGAAUGUAUAACUUGUAUUCGUGUAUGUUAAAGAGGCCUGAGGAAGCGGGGGGCGCGGCCCGGUGUACUGUCUCCGCGGUAUUGUACACACGGGUAUUGCUGUACCUAGCUGGUACACCAAUGUUAUAACUAACUUUGGCUGAAUAUACUCAGCGUUAACGGGUAAAAAAUGUUUUACAUACAAAAUGUGCUACUAAGACGUUCACGCGUAUUAUCAACAGAACUUCAAGAUUUAUAAAAACCGUACAGUUGUCAAAGAAGCGUACUCAAUGUUAAAGAUUUGAGCAAUAUUGAUUCUGUCUGUCUUAUUAUACAUUGCCUGUUUAAGUACGAUUUCUAUUACACUUUACAGCAAACACUCUGAAACUUAUCGAUUCUACAUGUACAAACAAGUACAACAGUACCCCAAUAAUACCUAACGAGUGCAGUACUUCAACGGUACACGUGUACUUAGUACAUGUACAAGUGUACCGGGCGGGUACGUACCGACCCGAUGGGUCAGGACACAAAUCUAUCCGAAUGUAUCUAAUCUAAGUUAGCGAAGAUUUUUUUAGGUGAAUUUUUACUCGUUUAGGGGACUCGUGUGAUGUCCAAUUUUGGUGUUGCGAGCGCAGUGUAAAUUAUCGAUAUGACAUUAAACAUUUUUGGCUUAUUGUUCGUA